AUGGCCACUUCAGCAAGGACGUUCCCAGUUGCCCUGUGGACACCAACGCCAGCUCCCUGGCCAGGCGGAAACACCACCGUGGUGGCAAAGUGCAUCUUCAAUGAGGAGUUCAAGUUCAUCCUGCUGCCCAUCUCCUAUGGCAUUGUCUUUAUGGUGGGGGUGUCCCUCAAUUCCUGGGCCCUGUGGAUGUUCAUCUCCAGGAUGAGGCCUUGGAAUGCCACCACCACCUACAUGUUCAAUCUGGCCGUCUCUGACACACUGUAUGUCCUCUCCCUCCCCACCCUGGUCUACUAUUAUGCUGAUCGCAACAACUGGCCCUUUGGGAAAUGGCUCUGCAAGAUCGUGCGCUUCCUUUUCUACGCUAACCUCUACAGCAGCAUCCUCUUCCUGACAUGUAUCAGCAUCCACCGCUAUGUGGGCAUCUGCCAUCCCAUCCGCUCCCUGAAGUGGGUGAAGACUAAGCAUGCCCGCAUCAUUUGUGUGGGCGUCUGGCUUGUCGUCACCAUCUGCCUCAUCCCCAACCUCAUCUUUGUCACCAUCAGCUCCAAGGGCAACAGCACCCUGUGCCACGAUACCACCAAGCCUGAGGAAUUUGAUCAUUACGUACACUACAGCUCUUCUGUCAUGGCCAUCCUCUUUGGGGUCCCCUUCCUGGUAAUUGUCCUAUGCUACUGCAUGAUGGCCAAGAGACUCUGCAAGUCCAGCUUCUCCAGCCCCAGCCCCCGAAUGCCCUCCUACAAGAAGCGCUCCAUCAAGAUGAUCAUCAUCGUGCUCACUGUCUUUGCCAUCUGCUUUGUGCCCUUCCACAUCACCCGGACCAUCUACUACACCUCCCGCUACUUCCAAGCCAACUGCCGGACCCUCAACAUCAUCAACUUCACCUACAAGAUCACUCGGCCCCUGGCCAGCAUCAACAGCUGCCUCGACCCCAUCUUGUACUUCAUGGCUGGGGACAAGUUCCGGGGGCGACUGCGCCGGGGCCCAGCCCAGCGCCUCCGGCCCAUGCCCACUUGUGACCUGUCCCUGGUGUCCCCCUCCAUAAGCAAUGUCACCGGUGGCAGCCACACUGCCAGUGACAUCCGAGAGACAGCACAGAGCAGAGGCGGGUGCUGA